AUGACAGGUAGAUCAUUCAAGACAGUCUUCUUUAUCUUAAUUAUUUUCGAUUUACGCAUUUUCUGCAGAACUUGAGAGCUUGCGCAAAGAAAAAGGGGCGCAGAGGGGAUUAGCUGAUUAAAGUUGUUGGAAAAUGGGUUUUGAGAUAAUUUUUCAUUUCCUUGUCUAAGCAGGAUCGUAAUUCAAAAAGUCCAGGAGAGGGGUGAUUUUACACAAAUUUCGGGAAAUAUGCUAUUAAUAUUAAUUUUAAUCGCAGGGAGUUGACCAAAAUGAACAAAGGCGUGAUUUCAAGAGGUAGACCUGUCUUUGAUGGGGGGCUUUAGAAGUGGUCUGCUCAUGUAUAACCGAUAAGUAUUCUGCUUUCUUGAACUUAAGUCUGUUACAGAUUGAAAAAAAACUGUUUUCAGAACUAGAACUAAAAAUCGACAAGGAGUCCAACAGAACGGCCUACGUGAUAGACGACGCCAACUACCUCCCGCUGAUAAUUGGAGGCUUCAUGAUCGCCCGAUACGCAACCUUGGCGACGACGAUGAUGCCGUCAAUCAUUCUGGAGCGCACUUUGGCGACCAAGUUCAUCUCAAACUACGAAAACGUGCCCAGGAAGUGGAUUUCCUGCGUCGGCCUUAUCUUGGCCAACGUCUUCGCUACUAUUGUCACUGUCGUUAUCAUUUUCGGAUUCGUCGAUGUCGUUUUUCCCAUACUUUUCGCUUCGACUUGCGCUCUUCUUCUAGUUGGGGUUCGUGGUUUGAUAUAGGCUCGUUUUAUUCAAAAGAAUUGAUAGGAGACAAUCGGAGAAUUUUUUUGGCUAGACAGGAACUUGGAAAAAUGUUUUUCAGGGGAGCUGAGGUAACAGACCCUGAACCAAAAUACUCGGUUUUCAUACUUUUCUUCAGAACGCCAGGCUUCUAGAAGGGUUAGGGAGAUAUAGCCCCUAUAAGAAAUAGUGACCCCUAUAGGGCUAAAGGCUUGGUGGUACCUAUAUAAAACAGUGACCUCUCUAGGGACCACCGAGCCUUUACCCUAUAGGGGUCACUUUUUUAUCUCAUAUAGGGGCUAUUUUUUUUUCCUAACCCUCCUAGAAGCCUGGCGUUCUCAAGAAAAGUAGGAAAACCGAAUUCGAAGGAAAUCUUAAGCCAUUAUAGGGUUUUGACGUUUUAGUGGGCACUAUAGAGGUGGUUUUAGUGACCGCUUUAGUGUUCUUUCCAAUGGGUCCUUGAGGAGCCUCUAUAGUGGCCACUAAAAGUUUUUCUAGUAUUUUUACAAGUUUCCAAGCGUGAAAAAAAAAGUGACAUAUUCUUGAUUACUUCUCAAAAAUUUCCAGUUUCGUAAGGAUUUUUUUUUUCGUUUUUUCCUCAAUUUUUCGGUUGAAGGCUGAAUAACUUCUAAAAGGGGUUUCAGUUGUAACAAAAGGAUCUUUUUUUGUUUUGUUGAAAACCUUAAAAUGUGAAAAAUAACUUCUCAGAUGUUUGCCCGAUUAUGGCAGCAGAAUCAUCGACUCGUGAAUCACGUCAAUUUUCAACAGGAAAUUAUUAACUACUCAAUAGCGAAAAAGUAUCAACUUGAGGAAAAUCUACGGGUUCUUGAUGUGAGUCAUUAAUUUGGACAGCUGUUGAAAAAUGUUCAUUAUGAAAUUAAAUCACGAAGUUUUUAGAAUUUCAUAUGUUUUGUUGCAUCUAAUGGAGUGUGUUCCAUCGGCUAAAUUGAAGCAAAAUUUUUAAAAAUGAACUGUUCAAAUCUCCGAAAACUCCCCCACUUUCCAGGCCAUAAGAUACACGAUAAUAUUCGUGGGUGGUACAUUAUUAUUUCUCUUUAUUUUGUACGCUUUAUCUCUAACAAACCUAUUUUCCCCUACAUUCUGCGCAGUAUUUCAUCUACUCAUAGAAUUUGCGAUCUAUUCGUGAGUUUGUGACUGAUUUCUCACUCAAAAAUUGGAAAAAUGGAAAUGGAAAAAUUGAAAAAAAUUGAAAAAAAGAAUUCUCGUAUUUGGCUUGAGGUCAAUUAAUUAUUUUUUUAUAACCUUCCAUUUUUUUCAAAACUUUUUCUUUCUAUUCAAAAAUUCGAUUUUUCUUAAAAAAAUUCUUAAGAUUUCAAUAUUAUAGGAAAAUAUAAGAUCUUAAAUUAGGGUAAAGAUUAAGCUGAAGAUCAAUAAAUGAGCGGUCACUGAGAAAAAAGAGAAGCUUAAAGUACGUCUUUUCAGAAUUUUUUUAGUGAACUCAUUUUGAAGUCAUGAGGAGUGUAGGAUGAGUUCCUUUCUUGCCUAUGCAUAUUUAAUUUCGAAAUAAAAAGAAAGAUUAAAAAAAGAAAAAUUCCAUGAAGACCUCGAGAGAGUAUAAAAAAAGAGGCUUCUGAAAAAAACAUCUCUAGGCUUUUUGUUGGGCAUUUCAUUCUAAAGAAACGAAGAAUUUUUUUGAAAAAAAUGGGUCCAAGUUAAUUUUGGAGAAAGAACGGCAAAGAAUCAUAACGAAAAUUUCUUUUUUUCAUUAAAAAAAUGAAAAAAAUCCAGCUUCUUGCCCUUUUUAGUGAGCUUUUUGGGCAACUUCAAAAUAAUCAAAUAAAAAUAAAAGAAUGUAUUGGACUGGACUGGAUAACAAAACAGAGAAAGUUGCUAAAUUUAAUCAAGUAGAACUUCAAGUUGAGCACUUUCAAAAGCAGAGGCAGAGUAAAAAUGAAAUAAAAAAAAGAAAAGAGUUUUGAAAAAGGUUCUGAAAAUAAUUUCUAACGCCUUUUCGCUGUAGAGAGCUUCCACUCAAAAAGGUUAAAUGAUAUUUGAAAGAAAGAGGUCAAUGAUAUUUAUGAUUUUCAAAAAAUGAAUGAAAACUCGAAAAGGUCAUUAUUCUUAAAAAGGUGACAAAAAAAGACCUUUUUUAUUUUUUUUUUAAUGAGCAUUUGGAAGCUUUUCAUUUUUUCUUCAAGUAAUUCGGUUCAUAUUCCGUCGAUUUCAGUUCAAUUUUACCGGACCUUAUCCCUUACAGUACCGUCCAAAAUAUGCGAAACUUAAACUUUCAUCUCAACUUUUUUUGUCUCAUGUUCAAUUACUUUCAAAACUCGUAGGGUUGUUGUGAAUGGCGUUUUCAAUAUUUGAAUAAAAUUUCAGCUAUUUUCGGAAACUCUAUGAAGUUUUAUGGACUUCUCGAAGAACCAAUCCAAAUUUCUUCAGAAAUCCCCUUCUCUGCGUGCCCAUUGUGAUAUACCUGACUCCAAGGUGGCGACAAACGUACCGGAAUUUCUUCCUGAAGCCGUUCGGAUCGGCAAAAGAAUCGCCGCAUCUGAUCCCAUCGGCCGUCUGGUUCAUCGACGCCAAACAGCAAUCCGACGUCUAUUUCCGAGAUUUGCAGAAAAUGUGGUGA